AGACAUCAUAUAAGUAGACGCCCUAUUGGCCGCUGGGCGACGAGAUUUGCGGCCGCCAUCUUGAACCGGUCGUACUCCUAGUUUCGUUGUGUAGCAGCAGUUAAGAUGCCAGAGAACUGUGCAGCAUUUUCCUGUUCUAAUCGGCGGACCAUCGCAAGUACGGCUCGGGAUUACUUUUCACAAAUGAAGAUUGCUUUGAUUGGCCAGAGUCUUUUUGGACAGGAAGUGUACAAGGAACUGAAGGAUGGCCACAUGAUUGUUGGUGUAUUCACCAUCCCUGACAAAGAUGGAAAAGUGGACCCUCUUGAUGAUGGACUGGACACAGGCCCAAUUCUUUUACAAAGAGAAUGUGAUGUGGAGCCAAACGAAAAUGUAAACAGCAUCUACAAGCGCAUCCUGUUCCCAGAGGGAGUCAUAGUCAUGGUGGAGGCAGUCAAGUUAAUUGCAGCAGGUACAGCUCCGAGAAUAAAGCAACAAGAGGAAGGAGCCACAUAUGAGUGUAUUCAGAAGAAAGAAAAUUCAAAGGAUUUACACAAGCUCCAGUCUUGAUCCAGAACACCUGAGAAGAGAUGAUGCUGACCCUCAGAGGACCCCAGAUGAUGCUAACCUUGAAUCAACAAACAGAACUAACAAUUAUUGCUACAUGUGUGACUGCAUCAUAUAAUAACUAUUAAUUAAUAAUAUUGAUAGUUCAUUGUCUAGCUGACUACGUCUUGUAUUAUUAUUAUUAUUUUUUUUUUUUUCUAAAAUCCUGUCAAACGUGCACAAACUACUAGCUGCUACUAAAUAUUGUAGAAACAUAAUUUUCUGUAAAGUUGCUUUGUAACGAUUUGUAUUGUAAAAAGCGCUAUUCAAAUUCAAGUUCAAGUCUGCUUUAUUGUCAAUUUCCACAUGUACAGUACAUACAUACAGAGAAUCGAAAUUGCGUGACUCUCAGACCCCGGUGCAUACAGAUAACAUUAACAUUAAAGCCUAAAAAAAUUACUAGAUCAAAUAUAAAAUGUAGAUACAACUAUACAAUAAGGGAAUGAUAAAAAAAGACAUGUAAUAAAAUCAAAAAUAAAGUUAAAAAUAAAGUUAAAUAAAGCAGCGUAAGGUAAAUGACAGAUAUAGUGCAAAUCAAUGUAGUGAACAACAGUGCAGUUAAAAGAUUUUUUAGUGCAAAAAAAAAUCACUUAUUAAAAUUAUCUUAAGUCUGAUUAAAGUGACAAGUGACAAGUGGCCAAGAGCAGUUAUUUAACUGACUGAUGAGGUUGUGGAAUGACAUCAGUUCCAUGCCGAAUGAGGUAGUGAGUGGUGAGUGGGCAGACCAAUGCUGCACAAGUGACUAGUGCAUG